AUGGAGGACACUACAAGCACUAGCGCCGACACGAAGUUAGUCUUUACCGACUCAGAUGCCGUCACUCCUCUAAAUGGCAACACUCCAAACGCUACUACGGACGCUUCACAGGCUGAUCUUCAGGCACAACUGGCUCUAUUUCAGCAGCAACAACAGCAAUACAUCCAGCAGCUUAUGCAACAAACAAAUAGUGAGCAGCUGCGUGCCAUGUACAGUUCAAGUGCCAUGAUGCAGCCCUAUAUGCUGUCACAACCGAUGUUUCCACGUCCUACGACGCCCAACUCGGCCGAAGCCACGGAAGAGGAACCAGUCUACGUGAACGCCAAGCAAUACCACCGUAUUAUGAUCCGACGUCAGCAACGAGCAAAGCUAGAGGCCAAACUAGGCAACCCUCGUCAGCGCAAGGCAUAUCUCCACGAUUCUCGCCAUAAGCAUGCUAUGCGGCGGCCACGCGGACCUGGUGGUCGGUUCCUUACAAAAGACGAGAUUCAAGGUCUGAAAGAUGGCACAAUGGUGUUUGAAGAUUUGCCAAGGAAGGCUGCCCCCAAGCAGUAG